UUUACAACCUCCCUACCCAAUUAAUUAGUCCGGUUGGAAAUUUUACUACAUGUUUACUCAUAUUGUUCUGCCAAAUUGAUUUCAUUUGCAGCAUUUGAAGCAUGAGACAGCUAACAUGGCGAAGAAGAUAGAGAUCCUUGAAGCUUCCAAACGGAAGAUGAUGGGCCAAGGUUUAGGGUCAUGUUCAAUGGAUGAACUACAAGAGAUUGACAACAAGCUCGAGAGGAGCCUCAGAAACAUCAAGGCCAGAAAGGUUCAAUUGUUCAAAGAUGAAAUAGAACGCCUAGAAGCCAGGGAGAGGUUAUUGCUCGAACAAAAUGCAAGUUUACGUGAAAAGUGCGGGCAUAGGCCAACGCUACUAGCGCCAACAUCAGUAGCAGUACCAGCACCACCACCAACACCACCAGCUCAAGUGAAAGAAAUGGGAAAUUGUAGCCAAAGUACACAGAGUUGGGAGGUAGAGACUGAAUUGUCUAUGGGCCUUCCUGAAAUGCGCUGCUCAUAGCAGCUAGGACUUAUUCAUAUUUCGUUUUACAUAUAUAAUUUAUAGCUUUCCUUAAUAGUUUAGAUCAAGUGGAUAGCAUUGCUCAAUUGUUUACAAGCAUAAGGAGCUGCAAAUUCAAUAAAUAAAACCUUCUAAUAAGAGCGCAAUGUUUGCCUUUAUUUUGUAACCUUUUGUUAUGUAGCCAAGUGUAUCUAUAUUUCCCAGAACAAAAGUUAUGGAGAAGCCUGAUUUGAGUUGCAUGUUUUUACCA